AUGGCCUCUACAGAUCCACCACUGUCGGCGCGCGCUGAAGCCGCGGCCUAUAUCUCGCAGGCCAACUUCCACAAAACGUUCACUAUACCAGCCACAACCAGCCAUGGCGAUUUGACAUUUAGCUAUAGCGAUGUUGGCGUGUCUCCAGAAGAGCAGACGUCCACGGCCAAAGUUCCCGUCAUCUUAUUUCAUCCAGGCUUGUUCGCCUCCCGAUAUGUGGGAGUAUCCCUGCACGCUCUGGCAAAACAUCUCGGAAUCCGCGUUCUUACUGUCGACAGGCCAGGAUUUGGUAGCUCCACGGAAGUUCCUCUUGAUACACGAGUUGACAUUUGGGUGGAAGUCGUGCCGCUGCUGCUCGCCCACCUCAACAUCCCCCACAUAACCAUUGUUUCACACUGCGCCGGAACGGUGUACGCACUCAACUUGCUUUCCAGAUGCAGAGACCUUUUGGAUCCAGGGCGACCGAUGUCUGUAUUGUUGGCACCAUGGGUCGACCCGCAGCACUCCAAAAUGACAAUGAUGCAGGUCGCUCAGUAUAUACCUUCCCCUGCCUACUCGUUAUUCAACGGACUCAGCCGCUUCGCUGCUCGUGGUAUGUUGACGACAGUAUCAAGUAGCGAGGCCGUUUUUAAUGCUUUUGGGAUGGGGCAACGGUCGGAAGCAGAGGAGCAAACCGUGCAGAGUUGGCAACAGGACAAUUCUUUAAAGCUUGAACGCGAGUGUGGUCUGUCAACCAAAAUACAAGGUGCCCUUCAACUCCAGACUGUCGAGCACAUCUUUUCAGAAAACACCUCUGGUUCGAGCGACGAAGCGCGCCACUGCGCACGCAAAGCGACACGAGGCAGCUGGGGCAAAGCGGACAACUAUCAAGUUUUUGUGCAAGAGCUUGCUCAGCAAGAGAGAGUCAGAAACGAGAGUCAUGCGGAGCGCGCCUCUACUGCAAAACUGAGGGUGAUGGCGUUCUUUGCCGCGACGGACCACAUUAUCGGCGAGGGAGGACGACAGUACGUUGAAAAGUGCUGGAAGGGCUCGCCGGGUGAGUUUGACGACGCUUUUGAAUUCAGUCACAAAACUGUUGUUGGGUCUGGCCAUGACGAGCUCGUCGUUGGCUUUGAUGUCUGGAAGGAAAUUGUGGCCAACAUCCGUGGCGCCGAGGCUCGGUAA